CGCUGAAAGUAAAAACGUGUCGUCGAUAAUAACGUUCGUAUGUACUUUAGUAUUUAUUUGUUAAUUUAAAAAAAUAUAUAUAUAUAAAUAAUAUAUAAACAUAUUAACAACGCGAUUAGUUUAGUUUUUUUUUGUGUAUGUGUGUUUGAUGUGUUAAGUUACUAUGUGGGGAAUUAACGUGUGCGCGAGUGUAUUAUGUGGAAUUUGACUGAUUUUUUAAGUUGACAACUUAUUUGGAUAAUACACGUUUUAUAUAUUAUGAUGGAUUAUUUUAUUGGAAAGUUUGACCCUUGACCCCACCAGAUGUAACCGAAACCCAUCAAUGAAAAUGGUCUCGUCCGGGCUGAUAAUCAUCGAACCCGAUCACCGUCAACUCCAACAAAAAAAACACCCGAAAAACCGGAUUAAGACCGCGAAACCGUCGUCAAGAAUGAAUGACAGAUCACCGUCCGAGGAAUUAAAAAGCAAUUUACAAUACGUAACCGAUUUGGUUACGAACGUUAUCGACGAGGCGUUCAAACAAAUCCAGAAUAAUAACUCGGUGGUGGUAAGGGGCAAGCAACUGAACCGAACGGAACGCGACCAAAGAAAUUCCCAUCGUACCACAUCCAUAAUCGUCCAGGACUGGGACGAACAUGCCAAAGUACCAUCGGAGUGUAUCAACGUGUUCGCGUUGACGCGUAGCGUGAGUGAGAGGAUCGUGCGUGGUCCGAAUCAGGCCACGCACGUCGGACCGGUGAGUUUCGGGUUGGAGUGUAAGAAACCCAUCAAGGAGAAACCCAAGAAGCGUUUGACCUUCAACUCGAUCUUCCACUUGAAUAAGAAGACUAAAGAGCCCCAAGGAAAAAGUGAGGAGGACGCGGAGAGUUACGACGAGUUUCCUUCCAGCAGUUUGCCGAACUUUAAAAAGAACUCGUUGAGUAAGUCGAGGAAGUACGCGUCCGCUUUGGAGUUGAGUAGCAAGGAGGUGACGCAGAAAGUCGAGAAACCGUCGAUUUUUAGGAAAUUUUUGCAUAUUGGAGACAACUCCUCCUCUUCCUCCUCCUCCUCCACUGGUGGUUUCCUAAAACGUUCUCUGAGCUUCAGAGACGUGAGGAAAAAAGAGAAAACACCAACCAGGGAUCUCACAGAAACGAAAACGCAACAGUGGCGACAAAGUUUACAAUCGCUGGUGGAAAGUGACCUGGACGUGAGUUAUAAAGACUUGAGUUUCAUCAAUUACGAUGUGAGGAACGAUAUCAGUUAUUUGGAACCGGUUAGUUUGAGGGCGGGUGGGGGCUACAUCGGGAGGACCCAGAGUAUGAGGGAGAAGGGUUCCCCCCAGGUAAAACACCCCCCAUAUCUCAGGCAUACCUCGGUGACCCCGGACUGCAGUAAUAAUAGCUUUGAAUCUAUACCAGAUUUAAGAUCGCCAACAGUAUCUUUGCCAUCAUUAACCAAAGAAAGUAGUGUGGAUAAUGUCGAGGCACCCCUUAAUGAUACCGAAGGGAGGCGUACUAGAGAACUGAGCGAGUCCCAAGAUGGCACCAUCAGCUUCCGGAGUUCCACUCAAAGCAUUAACAAUUCCGGAACUGGAACUUACGUGAAACUGAAAAGACACAAUGCCACUAGACAAAAAGUGCGACAUCCAGCCACGUUCGUGGCUGAAAGACCUAGAAAGAAAGCGGUUGACGAAAAGGUUCGGUCACGUAGUCUGAACCAUUUGGAUUCGUUGGAGAUGCGACAGGCUGUCGUGGGUACAGCCGAUAAUGCUUUGAAAGACUCCAGAUCGGAACCGGACUGUACUAAGCCCUUAUUGCCGCCACCCGCGAUCCCUUCGAGGGAACCCGAACCGGAUGGAGGGAGUGGGAAUGUGGCACCAAGAAAGCACAUGCUCAGUAGAUCUCAGAAAUCCAGCAGCGAGUGUUUCAGCGUGAACUUCGAGGUCGGGGACGAGUCUACGUGGGACAACGAAUUAUUUUUUCCCGCCCAAAGAGGAGUCACUUUAAUUGAGUCCUUGUCGAAACUGUGCGAACUGAGAAACAUCGAUUUAUCAGCCUGUGAUGCCAGAAUCCUGGAUAAAGAGACCAACAGCGAAUCCUUCCUGCUUUUCUCCCAAGACACCGCUAACUUGGUGGGUCGCCAUGUCAGAAUUACCGCUAAAGAUGGUCCGAGCAAGAAGUUUCACGGGUCAUUUUACGGGGGGCAUUCACGAAAAUCCUCUGGAGGUUACAGGCCCAGGACCAGUAGUUUUUUUAGUUCGAGUACAGAGGAUCAGAACGUGGGCAGCUCCACGUUAUCCUUACACGAAUCUGACCAAAAUAAAAAGCAAAUUAAACAACGAAUUACUGCCUUUUUCGGUAACAGUAAGGAUACAAAGUAUGAGGCCCUUAUUGAGCAGCUAGACAGGUAUUCCAAAUAUGGUAUCCCACAAAAUAACGAUUAUCCUUUGGGACAAUGUGAAUCCAUUGAUGCCCUGUAUAAAUUGGAAGACGACUGGAAGGAUAUCAUUACUGAUUAUGGAGAUUUAAACGAGAGACAACAGCAACAACAAACCGCCUUAUGGGAGCUAAUAAAAACCGAAGUAGCCUACAUAAAAACCCUAAAAGUCGUUACAGAUUUGUUCCUGGGAUGCCUGCGGGACCUCCAGUUAAAAAACCUCUUUAAAGAAAUCGACACCGAAAAACUCUUCUCAAACAUCACGGAAAUCUUGGGGGCCAACGUGAUUUUCUGGAGAAACACUUUGUUUCCUCUAGUGAGGGAUAUGAGGAAAUACAGGAGGCCCACCUGUCUGGAGCAUAUGCUCGAAGGGUUCGCGAAAUUACACGAGACCUUUCAGCCGUAUUUUAAAUACUGCGCGGAGCAGUCGAGAUGUCAGCAUUAUUGCCGGGAGAAUCUGGAAAGUGAAGUUUUUACGGCGUACUUGACUUGGUGCGAGAGCCAGAAAGAUUGUAAUCGGUUACGACUUAUGGACAUUCUGGUUCAGCCAAUGCAGAGAGUCACGAAAUACGGGCUGUUGCUAAAAGCGAUCCUCAAGAACACAGACGAGGACAUCGAGAGGGACAGUUUGCAUACGAUGAUAAAACUGGUGGAUGACUUUGUAAAUAACGUCAACUCGAGCCUGAAACAUCGUCAAGAUAAGGAGCGACUGAAGGGAAUCAUCGCGAGGAUCGAGAGCUACGAUGUCGUGGAAUCCAAGGACGACGACAUCGAAAGAAUGUUAAAGAAGGAAAAGUCGUUUACGCAGUUGGAUCUCACGCGGCCGAUGUUGGGCUGUCCCUCGGAAAGGAAACGGCAUUUGUUAUUAGAGGGCGACCUCAAACUGAAAGACAGCGGGACCUCCAAGAUCGAAGUCCACUGUUUCCUCCUCACCGACAUGCUACUGAUCUGCAAACCGUCUACGAAAAAAGGUGGCGCCACCAUGCGGGUGAUCCGACAACCUUACUUAGUAGACCGACUGGUGGUUCAAGAGCUAAACAGAGAAACCCCCAGUUUAGCCGUAGUGUAUCGGAACGAAUUCGAUAUGGCUAUAGCGGCGUUCAUAUUGCUGAGCAGUGACGCGAAAAAAAUUAAGGGCUGGAAGGAUGGCAUAGCGAAAGCGCAGCACCUCUACUCCCAAGCGAAACAAAUGAACUCCAUGGGAGACGAAAGUCUGGAUGCCGACUACAGUUUUGAUGGUAACUUGGAGAGUGAUUAUCACAGUUUACAGUUGGCUCCCAGGUCACCGCUGGCCACCUCUUCUAGGGCCAGCAGGGUGUCGAGCUUAGCUCACAGCCACAGUGGUUCGGUGGAAAUGAACGAUCAGUCAUCGUUGGGCUCCGCCAAAGAUCAAUCGCGUGGAAUUUCGAUUGAAAACGAGAACCGAACGGGGUCGAUAUCGAGCGAUGAGGGAGUGACCCCGUUGCCCUCGGAUUCGAAGAGCCCCAGUCAAAAAAGUUUAAAAAACCGACUGUUCCAUAAAACUCCCAACACCUUAUCCGUUCAGCCUGUCAGUAGUUUAGGACAGAGUUUACCCAAUUUGACGUUGGGCUCACCCAACGUCGGUGGCGGGUUAAGGUUAGAUUUGCACCAAAACACUUUAUCGGUUCCGUCAAGUAAAAACAGCGGCAGUCAAUUGUUGAGUCCGACCCACAGGGGCAUCUCUUAUCCACCCCCCAGUCCGACCAGGGGCAACCUGAGACGCAGCCUGGCCAUAUCGCAAAGCAGCAAAAAUCCGCCCCUGAUAAAAACCAGGCAAGUGAACUCGGCGUCCAGCGUCACUGGACAGAAUCCACCGAGUUUCGAUUUUGACGUGCCCGUCAUUGCUGGAGUUGUUUCUUCACAUGAAGCAUCGGAUUCUUUUAACAGAGGCCAGCACCGACAGGCGAUGAAGAGGACCAAUCGAUACAAUACGGCUGGAUUGGUCGAUGAUAUUAAUAAAAGUGACUUAAAAGACCCGAGCAUCCACAAACGUUUGUCCUGGAACUACAGCGCUCGCGAUCCUGACGAGGAUCCCACCUAGCAUCGGGCCGUCGAAUUCCCAUUAGUCGCUACUUGUAUAUUAACCUUAUACGUCGCCAUUUGUAUAUUAGACGAACUUAAGAGUAUUAUAGAGUUAAUUUUUGAGCAAUGACCACCACCAGUCAGUCGACCCUUACAUAAUAUAGCCUCGAGCUGUGAAGAAUUAUUUAGAUGAAAAGAGCUUUAUUAGAUUAAUGAUAAAUGUUUGUCUUGCCAUAUAAUGUAAAAAAAAUGAUUUUGUGAAAGUAGGAGCUUGGGUAGAACUAAAUCAAAAAAACGAAUUAGGUUUAUGUAUUAAUACUUGUGUGGACCAAAAAACCACAAUAUAUCAAAACACGUUGUAUCUUUUUACAUUCCCCCCUCAAGAGUGUGUGUGUAUUUAGAGAUAAAAUCCUAUUCGCGGUUUUAAAACGGUUAGGGUGUCUUAAUUAUUAGUUUUUAGGUUAUUUUGACUUAUCAAAGGGAUGUUUAGGGAGUUCAAUGGGUUAAUAUGAGAAUUUCGUAGUCAGGAGAAAUAUUCCUUUUGUUCAUUUGGAUUUGUACAUUUUGAGCAAAUCGAGCGUUUUUUCAAGAGAAUUUUAUCAACUCGUCCAGGCAGUUGAAGAAUCCUAAGAAUUCUUACUGGCAUUUAAAGUUAAUUUAAAUAUUUUCCAAGCAAUUGAAAUAAUUUUCUAAUUUUUGCUCAUAAAAUUGGAUUAAUUUAAGUAUUUCCCCCUUAAGUUUGUAUAAUUCAUUGAAUUCUUCCAGGCAGUCGAAUUUUGUUCUAAUUUUAUCCAAAGAUGUAAAAUUUAAAUUUUUUUCAAGGCGCUUUAGGAUCUUUUCCUCGCAUUUAUAUUAAAAGAGUCGUCACUCUUAUUCAGAUUUGAAUAUUCACAAUAUACACUGAAAAUUACAUUAUAAUUAUUCUAACCAAGGUUAAAAGAGUGCUCCAACUGCCUGGAAGAACCAAAGAAAUCCUUUAAAACUUUCCUGGAUAAGAACAAAAUUCAACUACCUGAAAAAAAUAAAUUCCUGAACCGAAAUUCGCCUUAAAACCCUAAAAACGCCAGAUUUAAAACUAAAACUUACCUACCAAAACUUGAAUCCUAUACAUAUAAAUUACAAGAAACUCUUUACAUUACCUGACCGUUUUGUACCGCACCAAUGAUAAUAUUUACAUAAAAAGAUUGGACUAAGGCCUAAUAUUAACAAUAUUUAAAAAAUAAAUCUAUUUGAAUUUUUACAUAAAAAUAUAUUACAAAAAAUAAUAACAAUUAGAGCAUGACUAGGAUAAUUUAGGUAGGAGUAGCCAAAAAAAUAAUAAAACUUAUUCUUGAACUUACCCGACCUAGAAAUUGGUACUUAAUUUAAUUUUUCCUUCCAGAAGAAUCAGAUAUUUAUUUAAAUAAUUUACUGUAUAAGUUCCGCAGCUGUUAUAUUAUGAAAACGAAUUUUCAUUAUUAAAUAAAUUAAUUUUGUUUA